AUUUAGUUUCUAAGGAAUUUAGAUUUUUUCUUUGGUACUCUUAAACGUUGAAUAGUGUAAUAUACCCUAAAUUAAUUAUCACCGACAACGUCCCUGCAACUAAAUCUUAAUCAGCAAGUAAGUUUAAGUUCGGUUUUGAAAUUUAAAGGCGGUUUUGAGUCUCAUCCCAGGAAAUUCCAUUCCAUCCAAAUCGUAUAAAAGUCGAGUUUCUUCUUCAUAUUGAGUACAAAAGGAAAAAGAGGUUCUUCAUAUUCAAAUUCUUGUGGUAGCCAUGGAAGGUAAGAUGGGGAAGUUUUUUGAUUCUGUUGGUGCUUUCUUCAGUGGCGGAGACCAGAUACCUUGGUGUGAUCGAGACAUUAUCGCUGGUUGUGAAAGAGAAGCUGCAGAGGCUAAUGGUGUCUCAGCAGAACAUAUGAGUGAAAGCAUCAUGAGGUUAUCAUGGGCUCUUGUUCACUCAAGACAACCAGAAGACAUACAGCGUGGGAUUGCCAUGCUUGAAGCUUCUUUGGCUGGUUCUAAUACUCCUCCGCAGAAGAGAGAGAAGCUUUAUCUUCUAGCCGUUGGAUAUUACAGAAGUGGUGACUAUUCAAGGAGCAGGCAGCUUGUGGAACGAUGCCUGGAGAUUGCACCAGACUGGAGGCAGGCGUUGACUCUGAAGAAAGCGAUUGAAGAUCGUAUUUCUAAAGAUGGUGUGAUUGGCAUAGGAAUUGCAGCAACUGCUGUUGGAGCUGUUGGACUUGUGGCUGGUGGCAUCGCUACUGCAUUAGCUCGUAAGAAAUGAGGGAACUCCCUAACCAAAAUAUGUGCAUUACUAAAAACUUCCGGGAUGGCCUUCUCUCGGUUGCCUAAAUGUGUUCAAGCCUUGAAGUACAUUGCAUGAUGCACCGUACUUUUGUCCUGAAUUUGGAAGUUUUAGAUGGCAUAAUAGUCUAAACAAGUAUGUUAUAUGUCAACAUUGCGCAAAGACAGGCAGGAUUAGAUCGCCAUUUUUUUUUUCUUUUGUGAGUCAGAUUGUUUGUUGUAGUUUUUUUUAUAUUUUUUUUCAAGUUGUACGAAUGACCGUCUUUGCGAAGAACCUCAAAUGUGAUCAUGGAUAACUAUUGGUAAUUUAGGGUGUGCAUUUGUUCAA